AUGUGUGCUGGCCUCGGGGGGUCUCUCUCCUACGUGGACGCCGAGGGCAACCCCGUGGGCGUGGUCCAGAUGACUUUCCUGCGGCUGCUGAGCGCCUCUGCCCACCAGAACGUCACCUACCACUGCUAUCAGUCGGUGGCCUGGCAGGACGCAGCCACGGGCAGCUACGACAAGGCCAUCCGCUUCCUGGGCUCCAACGACGAGGAGAUGUCCUAUGACAACAACCCCUACAUCCACGCCCUGGUGGACGGCUGUGCUACCAGGAAAGGCUACCAGAAGACGGUGCUGGACCUGGACACGCCCCGAGUGGGGCAGGUGCCCAUCGUGGACAUCAUGUUCAAUGACUUCGGUGAAGCGUCACAGAAAUUUGGAUUUGAAGUGGGGCCGGCUUGCUUCAUGGGCUAGGAGCCGCGGAGCCCGGGCUCCCGAGAGCAACCUCGUGACCUCAGCAUGCCGUUCGUUCGUGAGUGUCCCGCGCACGUUCUGACCCUGGACAGUGAAGGCUUCUCCCUCCCCUCCCACCUGACUCCAUCUGCAGCGCGCACCGCAGGGUGUGGGACCCCAGCCCGGAGAGAACAGAGGGAAGGAGCCGCGCCCCCCGGAGCCGAAUCACAUGACCUAGUUGCACCCCAGCGCCUGGGCCUGCCCCAUGCUCUGCCCACACCCACGCGCCCCGGGAGCGGGGCCACGCCUCCGGCCCCCGGCUCACCUGACCAAUCCUGCUCGUGAAUAGUUCACAGGGGUUGGGGGAGAGACUGCCAGAUUUGGACACUCUAUUUUUUCCUAAAUUCAACUUGAAGAUGUGUAUUUCCCCUGACCUUCAGAAAACGUUCCGAGGUAAGCCUUGUAAAGGUCACCCCACCGUCACCAAAGCCUCCAUUUUUAACAACCCCCAACACGGUCCAUUCAGAGGCCAAAUGUCAUUCUGCAGGUGCCUUCCCGAUGGAUUAAAGGUGCUUAUGUUUUUGUGAGUUUUAAGUAAAUAUUUGUAUUGUAUUGUUAUAAAUGUUAAGUGUGCCUGGCUUUCAAUCACGCACGGAAACCCAGUCCCAGCCCUACGGACAGAAGGGGCGAGGCCCGGAUUCUGGGUUGCAGCACAGUUCUGAUCAGAAAUAGGAAGUCUUCCCACCCCCGCCCCGGCCAAGAACGUGCAAUAAGUCGGAGAUUUGCCCGGGACAGCAAGAAUUUAUGCUGCCAUUGAAAAGCAGGUACCAUUCCCCUUUCAGACAGGUUUUGAUUUGCUCUAGGCUUUUUUUAAUAGGGAGGGAACAAAUUUUUGAACAUUUUACUUUUUCUACAUGCACUUAGACUAAAACACAGGUUUCGAUUAAUUUUAUUUGCUUCCUUUUCCAUUUUUCUUCCUGCAGAGCCUGAUGGGAGAGUGUCCAGGGCAGGGAAACCACAUAUUUUUGUAGGUGAUAACUCAAUGAAAAUUGGUGCUUAUUUUUUACACUUGUCUCUCGUGGUGCUGUUUUAAGGUCUCCUUGAAGGCGCACCGGGGUGCCUGGCCGCGCCUCGUUCUCCCUGCUUCAUUCUGUUAUUGCCUCCACAGUCUGUUGUCGAGGACUUUAAGAUCACGCAUGUCACUUUCCCUUCCACGGGGCCGGAGCGCCCAGCACGCCGCCUCCCGCACCCUCCCGCCCCGGCGCGUCCACUCCCGAGGGCGGUAAAGAGUACUGGGUUGUGCCUACUUGAUUUGAAAACACACACAAGCAAUAAAAAGCUCUUCCUGCAUUGUCAUCGGCGUGACUAUAGCGGAUUGUAUUUGGUUCCUGACUGUUUGUGGUGCUAAUUUCCGUGUCUGUUCCAAGCCGUUCAGUUGUGCCCUGCGCUGUCUCGGGAGAUGGAGAAUGGUGCAAUGAACUCUGAGUCUCUCCAGAGCUGCCUGCAGCAUUUCUUUCCCCAGUAGCCGAUUUGGAUUCCCGUCUCAAAUGUCCUGGAUGCGAGCAUCAGCAGCUCUGGAGCUCAGGGCGGGUGGGCGAGGUCCCCUUUGGGGAACCCUUUCCUGGCCAUCAAGGUCAGGGGGGCUGCCGUCUGUGGGCGGAGGACCCAAGGGGCGGCUGGGAAAGGCGAUGUCUUCACUGUGAAAAGUUGCCCGGGUCCAGUGCCCUUUUCUCCCCCCGUGGGAAAUGGAGGCUGGGCCCUCUGGUGCUGUCCCCUACCCCCCCACCAGAAUGUAGUCCCAGCUUGGGAAGCCACAGCCAAGCCGCCCAGGAGGAACAAAACACCAUCAAUGCAGAUUUUCCAAAUUUCCCUGGAAAAUAAGUCUUGCUCUUGCCAAAGAAAAGUCUGGCUUGCAGAGUCUCUGGAGCCCAGGAUGCCAGCAUGUGCCAGUGACUUUCACCUUCACCUCCCUUCAAAAGAAAAGCCAUAGCCGAGGACUGCCCCGCCAUGCCCUGGGGACUAUGUCUAGGUCAUGUGAUUCUGUUUUGAUUUCUCAUCCCAUCUAGUUUGUCCUUUGAUUCUGUCAUUUUCUUCCUCUGUGGUCCCUUCCAGGUUGUCAUAAUUUGUACUGAACUUCAAAACGUGUCCCGUUCUCCCCAGACACCCCUAGCCACAGUAUAUUGCAAUAAAAUUACUUCUUAUAUUUGCAGAAA